AUGUUCCGCAAGUUCGCCCCCGGCGAGAACGUGGAUCCUAAGCUGCAGCAGCUCAAGUCGUCCGUGCAGCGCGGCAUCCGCACCAAGAUCGCCGAGCAGUACCCGCAGCUGGAGGAUGAGGAGGUGUUGGACGAGCUCAUCCCGAAGAAGUGCGUGAUGAACAUCGCCAAGACGGACACCAAGAUCAGCGUGGUGCUCGUCGACGGAGUCCCUAAGUUCUUUCAGCUGAGAGACGGCGCGUACUUCCCGCAUCUCAGGGUGCUCCACGAGUACCCGGACAUGAUGCCCAAGCUGAGGGUGGACAAGGGCGCCAUCAGAUUUGUGUUCCAGGGCGCCAACAUCAUGUGCCCGGGGCUCACGUCCCCCGGCGCGGAAAUCAUCGACGAGGUCGACGAGGACGUUCCGGUGGCUAUUUACGCGGAGGGGAAGCAGCACGCGCUGGCGGUCGGGAUCACCAAGAUGUCCACGGCGGACAUCAAGAGCGUGAACAAAGGGAUCGGGGUGGACACGGUGCACCACCUCAACGACGGGCUCUGGCACUGCGCAAAGUUCGACGCGUGA